AUGAGUAAACGGUUGUUUCUACGCAUAGUCAACGACUUGGAAGCCAACUACGAUUACUUUAAACAAAAACCGGAUGCGAGAGAGGAACUUGGAUUCACCGGUAUCCAAAAGUGUACGUCGGCAUUACGAAUCCUUGCUUAUGGUAACACUACCGACAUCAACGACGAGUAUCUAAAAAUGGCGGAGAAAACAACACGAGAUAGCUUGGAACAUUUUUGUCGCGGUAUAAUUGAUGUGUACGGUGCGCGUUAUCUUAGAACGCCUACAUGGGAGGACCUUCAAAAGAUCUACGAGGUACAUAAUGCCGAGCAUGGUUUGCCUGGUAUGAUCGGGAGCAUAGAUUGCAUGCAUUGGCGUUGGGAUAACUGCCCGACUGCAUGGCGAGGCCAACACACACGUGGUGACCAAAAAGGACCCACUAUUAUUCUUCAGGCGGUUGCUUCACAGGACCUUUGGGUUUGGUCGGCUUACUUUGGCGUGGUCGGGUCAUGCAAUGAUAUCAAUGUUUUUGAACAAUCGCCGUUGUUAGAGGAGUGGAUUUCUGGCAAAGCUCCAAAAGCGUCGUUUUACGCAAAUGGAAACUACUACCCCCAUGGAUAUUAUUUGAGCGACGGAAUUUAUCCUAGGUAUUCGAUUUUUGUGAAGACGUUUAGUGAUCCUAUUGACGAGAAAAGAGCAUACUUUAAAAAGGUUCAAGAACGAAGGAAAGGCGAUAUGCCAGAAUUAUGUGCCAGAAGCCGUUCACCAGGAGCAUCCGCAGGCGUCAAUGGAAGAAAGAGUGAGUAA